UUUAAAAGAAAAACCAAAGAAACAUAACAUAAAAGAGAGAAGAGCUAUAUACAAUAUUUUUGAUUAAAUUUGAGCCCGGAACAUAAGAGAACACCAAAAUGUCUUCCAUGGCUGCAUUUGAUCAGUUCAAAAUUGGACUCAAAAUGGUGGACUUUAAAGUGCAACAGCGUCGCUAUAGGACCAGCGAAAAGACUGUCGUUAGCACCACCUAUGGACCCAUCAAGGGUGUCAAACGAAAGUCCAUCUAUGGCCAGCCAUAUUUCAGCUUCGAGCGCAUACCCUUUGCCAAACCACCACUGGGUGAGCUCCGCUAUAGGGCACCGCAGCCGCCAGAGAUCUGGACAGAGGUGCGCAGCUGUACAUCACAGGGGCCAAAGCCAUUGCAGAAACAUUUUGUAUUCGAUAUGACAGACGGUUCCGAGGACUGCCUCUACCUCAAUGUCUACACAAAGAAUUUAUAUCCCACCAAACCUAUGCCAGUGAUGGUCUGGAUCUAUGGAGGCGGCUUUCAAUUUGGAGAAGCCUCACGCGAGUGCUACAGUCCCGACUACUUGCUGCGCGAAGAUGUGGUCGUGAUAUCCAUCAACUAUCGACUGGGUCCUUUAGGUUUCCUUUGCUUAGAUGAUCCUGAGCUGGAUGUACCCGGCAAUGCUGGGCUUAAAGAUCAGGUGCUGGCCCUCCGUUGGGUUAAGGCCAAUUGCUCUCGCUUCGGCGGAGAUUCCGGAAACAUAACUAUUUUUGGUGAUAGCGCUGGCAGCGCCUCCGUGCACUACAUGAUGAUCACGGAGCAGACACGCGGUCUCUUCCACAAGGCCAUCUGCAUGUCGGGCAACACACUCUCCCCCUGGGCGGUGACGCCACAGAGGAAUUGGCCAUAUCGCCUUGCCGUCCAGGCGGGCUACACGGGUGAGAAUAACACCCGCGAUGUCUGGGAGUUUCUCAGCAAUGCCAAGGGCUCGGACAUAAUCAAAGCCAACGGCGAUCUAUGCAUCGAGGCGGAGAAAAAGGAACGUAUUGGUUUCUCCUUUGGACCCGUCAUCGAACCCUUUGUCACGAGUCAUUGUGUGGUGCCGAAGAAACCCAUUGAAAUGAUGCGCACCGCCUGGAGCAACAGUAUACCCCUCAUCCUGGGUGGCGUCUCCAAUGAGGGUCUACUCCUGUAUUCAGAGACCAAAGCCAAACCCAAUUGCCUGAAUGAGUUGGAUGAUUGCCGGUUUGUGGUGCCCAUAGAACUGAACAUGGAUCGAGAGAGUGCUCUAUGCAAAGACUAUGGCGAACAGUUGAGGGAGUGCUACUAUGGCGAUAAAAUGCCAAGUCUGGAUACACUCCACGAGUACCUACAGAUGGUCUCCCAUGAGUACUUCUGGUUCCCCAUCUAUCGCACAGUAUUGUCCCGCCUGGAGUAUGCCAGGAGUGCACCCACCUAUUUGUAUCGCUUCGAUUUUGAUUCGAAGCACUUCAAUCACCUGCGCAUCCUCAGUUGUGGCAAGAAGGUGCGCGGCACCUGCCACGGCGACGAUCUCUCCUAUCUCUUUUACAAUUCACUGGCCCGCAAACUGAAGAUCCAUACGCGGGAAUACAAGUGCAUUGAGCGACUGGUGGGUCUGUGGACCCACUUCGCUGCCUAUGGUAAUCCCAACUUUGAUCCGGAUCAGUCGGAGCUGUGGCAGCCAGUGUCCGCGGCGUCCGUCGAGAAGCAUCAGCUAAAGUGCCUUAAUAUAUCCGAUGAGCUGAAAAUAAUCGAUGUGCCCGAUCUGCGAAAGCUGAUGGUCUGGGAGAGUUUCUUUAGGCGCGACGAACUGCUUUGUUAUCAAAUAUUUAAAAUGAGAACACUAUAUAAUGCUGUGAAAUUUGUAAGUUUCCGUCGAAGUAGUGAUGUUCCACGCAUCAUGACCAACUGGGAUUUUAUACAAAAGGUCCUUAGCUUCAAAUAUGAGCAGCGAAAGCUUGCAACAGCCAUAUACUCUGUGGUCAAGACAAAUCUGGGCACUGUGCGUGGUGUAAAGCGCAACACCAUUUGGGGAGGAAGUUACUUUAGCUUCGAGAAGAUACCAUUUGCCAAGCCGCCGGUGGGAGAGCUGCGCUUCAAGGCGCCAGAGCCAGUGGAGCCAUGGGAUCGGGAGCUGGACUGCACUUCGGCAGCCGACAAACCCCUGCAGACACACAUGUUCUUUAAGAAGUUUGCCGGCUCGGAGGAUUGCUUGUAUCUGAAUGUGUAUGCCAAGGAUCUACAACCAAAUAAAUUGCGUCCAGUGAUGGUUUGGAUCUAUGGCGGUGGCUUUCAGGUGGGCGAAGCCUCGCGGGAUAUGUACAGUCCGGACUUCUUCAUGUCCAAGGAUGUGGUGCUGGUCACAGUGGCGUAUCGGCUUGGAGCCUUGGGCUUCCUUAGCCUCGAUGAUCCACAGUUGAAUGUGCCAGGCAAUGCCGGACUCAAGGAUCAGAUUAUGGGCCUGAGAUGGGUGCAGCAGAACAUCGAAGCAUUCGGUGGGGAUCCAAACAAUGUGACGCUCUUUGGAGAGAGUGCAGGCGGUGCCUCGACUCACUUCCUCACGCUGAGCCCUCAGACAGAGGGCUUGAUCCACAAGGCCAUCGUUAUGUCGGGCAGUGUAUUGUGUCCUUGGGCCCAUCCUCCAAGAAACGAUUGGGCCUAUCGUCUGGCACAGAAACUGGGAUACACAGGAGAUAACAAGGACAAGCCAAUCUUUGAGUUUCUGAGCUCUGUAAAUGGUGGAGAAAUAGUCAAGGCCUCAGCAACAGUCUUGAGCAAAGAUGAAAAACACAAUCGAGUGUUAUUUGCCUUCGGACCUGUUGCGGAGCCCUACAGCACGGAGCACACGGUUAUUGAUAAGUCACCACAUGAGUUAAUGCAGAACAGCUGGAGCAACAGGGUGCCUAUCAUGUUCGGUGGCACCAGCUUCGAGGGUUUGCUUUUUUAUCCAGAGGUCUCCCGUCGUCCGGCCACCUUGGAUGAAGUGGGAAACUGCAAGAAUUUACUGCCCAACGAUAUGAGCAACAAUCUGGAUCCAAAGCUGAGAGAGAACUAUGGCCUGCAGCUGAAGCGCGCCUACUUUGGGGAGGAGAACUGCAAUCAGGCCAGCAUGAUGAAGUUCCUCGAGCUCAGCUCAUAUCGAGAGUUCUGGCAUCCCAUCUAUCGUGCCGCAUUGGCCCGAGUGCGUCAGGGCAGUGCGCCCACCUAUCUGUACCGCUUCGACUAUGACUCAAAGCUCUGCAAUGCCAUUCGAAUCGUGCUUUGCGGCCACCAGGUGCGCGGUGUGUGCCACGGCGAUGAUCUGUGCUACAUCUUCCACAGCAUGCUGUCACACCAGUCGGCACCGGAUUCGCCCGAGCACAAGGUCAUCAUGGGCAUGAUCGACAUCUGGACGAGCUUUGCGGCCAAUGGGGAUCCGAACUGUGAGAGCAUCAAGUCGCUGAAGUUUGCACCCCUCGAGAAUGAGACGAAUAUCAAGUGCCUGAACAUUGGCGGAGAGUUUGAAUACAAAACUCUGCCAGAGCUGCAAAAGAUCGAGCCAGUGUGGAAUAGUUUCUAUUCUCCGGACAAACUGUAGUCUCAUUCAGUCGAAAAUCAUUUAAGGGGGGUUUCAUAGCUUUAGGUCUGCAAAUGUGUAAAUAUGUUGUACAUAUAUUCUGGUUGUAAGUUUGAAAUGUUGGUUUAAAAUUAAUACUUCUUAACCUAUUUUGUAUUUAGUUUUAACCAUGACAAGACAAGAACAUUUUAGAUAAUUAAA